CCUCUGGUUACUGAGAGCUGGGUGCUUCUCCCUGCACAAAAUGUUGUUUUAAGUGAGGAAAAUGAGGUGAAAAAUGAAAAUCUCGGUUUUUUACAAAUGAGCAGGGGUGGGGGAGGAUGUGGCAGCCCAUGACAGUGGAAAAAUCCUGUGCUUGAACCAGUUCCACUUGGCACUGCUGGAAGCAAAACUGAAAGUGAGCUUGCUUGACUUUCAGGAUUCGAAGUGGAACUCCCCUGGCACUGCCCCCUGCUAGUCUGAAUUAUUUAAGUGAAUGCUGAAUUUAUGUUAGUUUGUCACUAAAUGCCAGGGUUGGUCUGGUUCCUUGAUGACUUAAACAGGUGGAGUGUUCUUCUGGUUUCCCCCUUUAUCCACCCUGAGAAGUUGCUGGCAGCAGAGCACAUUGCUUUUGUGACAGAGAGCAUUUCUGCUCAGACAGAGAACGUGCAGAGGGGACCUGACUCUUCAAAGGAGAUUGUCAAGUGGUCAGACUUUUGUUCACCCUUGGCCUAUAAACCUGGUGAACCUUUUAAGUUAAUUGCUGAAGCCAGUGUAGAUAAUUUCAGUAGCCUUGGAAUAGCCUUCCUGGAAGACAGGCUGCAGAUGGAUAACGGGAUGGUGCCACACAGGAUUGUUUCUGUCCAUUUAGAGGAAUCUGCUCUGAAGGAGUUGACAAAGGAAAAAGAGGUGAAAGAGAAAAGCACAGACAUGGAUGCAGUAACUCCUGCAGGGAAAUCAGCAUCAGGACGAGGUGAGGAGGAGAAAUCCAAGAAGAAAGAAGAAGAAGAAGAAGAAGAAAGGGAGCAGGAGGAGACAGGAGCUGGGGAGCAUCACCACCUGCACCUUUCCAGCUGCCACGAGUGCCUGCAGCUUGAGAGCAGCACCAUUGAAUCGGUGAAAUUCGCCUCUGCUGAAAACAUCCCAGAGCUUCCCGACGACUGCAGCAGCAGAAGGGAGGAGAAGGAGGAUGAAUGCCUGGAAAAAGGAAUAAAAAGGAUAAACCUGACUGGGAAACCCCCUAAUGUACUGAUUUACCUGGGCUCUGAGGCUGCCAAGGAGAGGUUUGAGCAGGUGAAGUCGGUGCUGAGGGAAUGCAUCGAUGCUGAGAGCUACACCCUGUACCAGCUGCAGCAGGAGCAGGUGCUCAGGGACCCCUGGGUGGAAAACUGCCUGCUGCUGGUCAUUGCCACAGAGGAGCCCAUUCCUGAAGGCAGCCACAAGCAGUUUAUGACAUUUCUGUCCAAAGGAGGGAAGAUUCUCGGGUUUUCCUCGUCCUUCACGUUUGGGGGCGUGCAGAUAAAGCAGAAAAACAAACUGAGGAAGGCUGUGCAUGAGCUGGUGGUGUCUAAAAAGGACAGCACUGAGGUGAAGCUGAACCUGCUGGCCAGUGGCUGUGUUUUUGAGGAAGGGAUGAAGGGAGAUUCCAGCAGAGUGAAGGUGUUGAGUCGAUUAAAUAAUGCUGAUAAAGACCCAGUUAUUGUGCAUCUGGCUCAUGGGAGCAGUGGAGGAGAAGCCAUCCUUUGCCAGGCCCAUUUGGAGCUGGACAGCAAUUCCAUGGAUGUGCAAACUGAAGAGGAUUUUAAUUUGCUCAAGAUGAGCAAUUCUAAGAGAUACGAAAUUCUCAAGGAUUUCCUGACCUGCCUUGGGCUGAGCUGUGAAUUGAGUGAAAUUCCUGCUUUAACUCCCAUUUACCUGCUCUCUCCAGAUGAGGAAAUCCAUCUUGCUUUCCUGAAAUGGCUGGAGGGAAACGUGGAUGCUGAGGGAUUAAGGGCAUCCAGCAAGGUGUCUCUGAAAUUUGUUCCAUCCUGGGAGUCCAAAGUGGAGGUGACUCCGUCCCUGAUGCCGGUGGUCACGGAGAUGGGGAGUUUCUCAUCAGAACAUUUCAGCCUGGAGAUUUACCAGCAGCAUCUGCAAACCAAGAAACUGGGAAAGAUCCUUCUUUUCACUGAGGUGACCACGACAACCAUGAAUCUUCUGGAUGGGUUAAUGUUCGAGUUGCCUGAGGAGAUGGGUUUAAUAGCAGUGGCUGCUCGACAAACACAAGGAAAAGGUCGUGGUGGGAAUGUUUGGCUCAGUCCCCUGGGCUGUGCCCUGUGCACUCUGCACAUCUCCAUCCCUCUACAUUCCAACCUAGGCCAGAGAAUUCCUUUUAUCCAGCACCUGGUGUCCUUGGCAGUGGUGGAGUCGGUCAGAUCCAUACCAGGAUAUGAGGACAUUGAGCUGCGAGUUAAGUGGCCAAAUGACAUUUACUACAGUGAUCUGAUGAAGCUCGGUGGAGUUCUGGUAAACUCAACACUCAUUGAAACAACAUUUCAUAUUCUCAUUGGCUUUGGAUUUAAUGUGAAUAACAGCAACCCCACCAUCUGCAUCAAUGACCUCAUUGCAAAGUUUAACAGGGAAGAGGGGACAGAGCUGAAGCCUCUGAGUGUAGAUUGUCUCAUUGCAAGGACUGUGACUGUGCUGGAGAGGCUCAUAGAGAUUUUUCAGGAGAAGGGGCCCAAUGGAGUUCUUCCCCAGUACUACAAGUACUGGGUACACAGCGGGAAGCAGGUGCAGCUGCACAGCGAGGACGGGCCCCUGGCCUGGAUCGUCGGCAUCGACGACUACGGGUACCUGCAGGUGCACCAGCAGGGCAAGGGCGUGGAGUCCGUGCACCCUGACGGCAACUCCUUCGACAUGCUGAGGAACCUCAUCGUCCCCAAGCACUGACAGCCCCCAGGGAGCUCUGCCGCUGCCACCCCAGCCUGUUCGAGGUGGGAAGGGCAGCUGAAAGUUUCGUUUUUUCCUUCUGUUUCUCUGCUUUGUGUUUGCCGUGGGGAACUUUUCAGCAGCUGAAUAGAGGUGGUGACCUCCCAGCUGAAGGCCUUUAUUCUUUUCAUUAACUUUAAAACACACCUCUGCUGCCAUUCUUUGUAAGGAUCUGUUCUUUUCAAGGAGUCUGAUUGCAAAAGAGUAUUUUUGAUGAACAGAGCUUUCUCUUCAUUUACACCCUUGGAGAGACUGAAGUGGCUCAAUAUUUCCAUUUUUUUUUUGUUUGUUUGUUUUGUUUCUGUGUGAUUUAGCACAGCGCAGGACAU